AUGGUUUCUUUUGUCUGCAAUUCGUGCCAGGAAACGAUCAAAAAGCCAAAGCUCGAUCAGCACGCUCAGCGCUGCCACUACGCGUCCUUCUCAUGCAUUGACUGCGGUGUUGAUUUUGUCGGCACAACCUACCGCCAGCACACAUCGUGCAUGACCGAGGCGCAAAAGUACGAGGGCAAGCUCUACAAGGGUAAUACCAAAGCCAAUGCCAAGGGUGCCAACAAGCAGAAGCCUAACGUGCCAACGUCCACCGUGGAGCAGUUGAAGAAUAAGGCGGAGCAGAUCGAAAAGGAAAAGGCUGAGGAGGAGAAGAAGGAGAAGGAGAAGAAGGAGAAAAAGGGACAAGGCCGAGAAAAAGGACAAGGGCAAGAAGCGCAAGGCCGACGAUGA